ACUGGUUCAAUCGCAUGAUAGAUUUCAAAAGGAUAAUCAGGGGAUCUGUUAAUGAUUCAAAAUAAAUAACUUAUCGGAGAGAUCUAAAAAUUGUCAUCUAAAAUCAGUCGAGAUUCACUAUACAUAAAUUAAUGCAUGGAGUAUGAAAAUAGUAUAUUGAUAGCUAGUUAAUAUUUUUUAUCAAAUUAUACCGGCUGAUAUUUUGGUAUUUAAUUUAUGAGAGUUAAUAAAAAUGAUCAGAAUGAGUACAUCGAUAAUUAUAAUACGAUUGUUGGUUUGUACGGUGAUAUUCUUUCCACCAUGUUGUGUAAGCUCGAAUAACUGGUACCAACAACUCGAUAUCUCCAAGAUAAACAAAGAAAUACAAAAAGUUAGUAAAAUAAUUGAAAACAGAUAUCGUUCAGAGGAUAUUAUACUAUCAAAUAUUAGUCGUUUGACAAUUGGAAGCCCGGUUUAUGGACAACUGAUCGAUUCUAUGCCUUCCAAAGAGGGACAUUCAGGAUCUCAAAAUGCUGAAAUUAUAUUUGAAGUUACACGAAGUUUGAAGAAUACAUAUUGUUUGAAGUACGGGUUAAGUGAUAUACAAUGUACCAAAGAUUUAACGAAAGUUAAUCUGACUGGAACAACAUUGGGUGGGAUGUGUAUGUCUGAGUAUUACAACGACAAUUUGUGCAUCGGGAAGGACUUUGAGUAUCGUAGUCCUGAUGGAUCUUGUAACAAUCUGAAACGUAAAUAUUUGGGAAAGGCAAACACGCCUUAUAAACGUUUGCUGUUUCCAGUCUACACAGACGGUGUUUACGAAAUGCCCAAUAUUAACGAUGAACAGCUGCCUAAUCCUAGAUUACUGAGCACAAAUCUUGUAAAAGACGAAGACUCUCCUGACCUAACAAAAACGAUGAUGGUGGCGUACUGGUCUAUAUUCAUAGGCCACGAUCUCUCACACACGACAGUUUCUACAAUGGGGAAAGAUAACAGAUUUGUAAAUUGUUGUGAUAAGGACAAAAGUAUUCAAUAUUCUCUGAACAAAAAUAUAAGGUCCUGCAAGCCCAUAUUUAUACCGGAUGAAGAUAGGUUUUUUAAACCGGAUCCGUUUGAUUAUAUGAACUGCAUGAACUACGUGCGUUCGCGGCCAGCGGUGCGUUCUGAUUGUACAUUUGGACCCAUGGAACAAAUGAACCAAGCUACCCAUUAUUUAGACGCAUCGAUGAUUUACGGUACGACGGAUCAACAGACGUUGUCGUUGAGAAAAAUGUCGAGCGGCCAACUAUUGGUACAAAAACCACUUUUAACCUUUCCAAACUGGGAUCUCAUGCCGCUGGAAACAACCGAUACGAAUGUUUGUCAGAACGGCCCCGGCACGUGCUUUAGGGCUGGUGAUAUUCGAGCCAACGCGUUACCACAACUGAAUGCCGUGUACACACUGUGGGUAAAGGAACACAACCGUAUAGCCCUAAAACUAUACAAAGAAAAACGCUUCUGGACUGAUGAAGAACUUUUCCAAGAGGCUAAGAAAAUCGUGACGGCUUGCAUACAGCACAUCACGUACAACGAAUGGCUGCCGGCAUUGCUUGGUGUUAACUAUACCAAGGAAAACGGUUUGGGACUGGAACAAAGAACCACGUACGACGAGACUGCUGACCCGUCAGUUAGUAAUAGCUUCGCGACCGCAAUACUGCCGUUCACCAAUUCCAUGAUUAGCAAUACAAUUAGUUUCAACUGGAUUAUACAUAAAUUAUAUGAUGAUUCUAUUUCGUUUAAUGGUUCCUUAAAGAGAAAUUACAACCAACCGUUUUUGUUGAGUAAUUUUGAUAACCCCCACGGUGUCAAUGAAAUGCUAAUCGGACUAACUGUGCAGGCUACAGAAAAAGUCGAUAUGCUGUUUACACAAUCUAUUACAAAUUACCUAUAUAAUAUUGAUCCUAAUGAUUCGUUUGGAAUGGACAUUUUCAGCUUGGAUAUACAAAGAAGCCGCGAUCACGGUAUUCCAAGCUAUACGCAAUUUAGAAAAUAUUGUGGACUAAAAGACAUAGAAAACAUGCAAGAUUUGUCUGAGAUCAUGGUGGAAGGGUCGGCUGAUAAAUUAUUGAAGCUGUACAAAACUUGGAACGAUAUAGAUCUAUUGGUUGGUGCAUUGUUUGAGAAACACGUUGACGACGCAAUGGUUGGCCCUACGAUGAGGUGUAUUAUCAGGGAACAAUUUGUAAGAACUAGAAUUUCAGAUAGAUAUUUUUAUGACGUGCCAGGAGUAUUCUCUGAUUAUCAACUGGAGAAUAUAAAAAACGUGACGCUUGCCAGAGUUUUAUGUGAUAACGCUAGUACCAAUGGUAGGAUGAUACAACAUGUAUUUUCGAGACCAGAGAUAUAUGAUCAUUUAAUUCAUAAUUGUGUACCAACAUCAAUUCCGGAAAUGCAAUUUAUUGGUUGGUUUGAUAAAUUGGAAGACAAUUUUUUUGGUACAAUUUAA